GUGUUGUGUUUUACCCUCUGAGCAAGUGACAGGCGAACAGUUGGAGGGAGGGGGGAAGUUUUCUGUAGCUUCGCCUGUUCCUCUGCAUCAUGGAGGCUCAGGCACAUUUCUCCCGUGAGGAAAUCAACAGCACGGUGUGGGAAGUCCCGGAGAAAUAUACGCGGCUUAAACAGAUAGGUACCGGGGCGUACGGCUCGGUGUGCUCAGUAAUAAAUGAGAAGACUAAAGAGAAAGUGGCUAUCAAGAAGCUUCACAGGCCCUUCCAGUCAGAGAUCUUUGCUAAGAGGGCUUACCGAGAGCUUCGACUGCUCAAACACAUGAAACAUGAAAACGUAAUAGGACUUUUGAAUGUGUUUACACCUGCCUCCAGUUUGGAUGAUUUCCAAGACUUCUAUCUUGUGAUGCCUUACAUGUAUACGGACCUGUCAAAGGUGCGAGGUCAUCUCUCUGAAGACAAAGUCCAGUUUCUGGUCUACCAGAUGCUCUGUGGACUGAGGUACAUUCAUAAGGCAGGAAUCAUUCACAGGGACCUUAAGCCUGGAAACUUGGCUGUUAACCAGGACUGUGAACUAAAGAUCCUGGACUUUGGGCUGGCUCGUAGUGCUGAUGCAGAGAUGACAGGCUACGUGGUGACCCGUUGGUACCGGGCGCCUGAGGUCAUUCUGAACUGGAUGCACUACACCCAGACUGUGGACAUCUGGUCUGUGGGCUGUAUCAUGGCAGAAAUGAUCAACGGAAAAACCCUUUUCAAAGGAAAAGACUACAUGGACCAGCUGACUCAGAUCAUGAAAGUGACUGGAAUCCCUGGACCAGAGUUCAUCCAGAAGCUGGACAGUCCAGAGGCAAGAAGUUAUGUUAAGGCUCUUCCUUGUUAUCCCAGAAAAGACUUCUCAACAUUAUUUCCUAGAGCCAGUGUAAGUGGUAUUGACCUGCUGGAAAAGAUGCUGGUUCUGGAUGGAGAUGUGAGGCCAACAGCUGAACUAGCUCUAGAGCACCCAUACUUUGACGGCUUACGAGACCCGGAUGACUUUCCAGAGCCUGCGCCAUAUGAUGACAGCCAUGACAACGCCACAUUGACCCUGGAUGAGUGGAAGCGGUUAUGUUUCAAAGAGGUGAAAAGCUUUGUACCAUUUCCAAGACGGGAUUCCAAGAGAAAAAACACUCUGACUAUGUCUCCUUGAUCUAAUGAAUGUGAUGCAACUUCUGAUGCCCCAACCUUCACAGCAUAUAGCCGAUGGUGCCCUUGUAUAUGCCAUCCCUGGACUCACACUAUUUCUUUCACUUUUGAGGUAUUUAGAUUUUAAAUCAGUGUUUAAAAGAGUGAUUAUUUUAAAGCUAUCCCCUUCUUUUUUUUCUUUUUUUUUUGUAAUGUGAAAGUGUUUCCUAAAUACAGAUUGUUAUACAUUCCCCAUCAGUGAAACAUGUGUUACAAAGUAAUUGUGAUUAAGUACUAUGGGGUUUCCUGUAAGAUUUACCAUAAUAUUGGUUUCCAAUUAAAGAAUGAGAAAAUA